GGCCAGUCGGCAGCUAACCAUUCCAAAUGCAUACUCUGGGGACUUCAGCUUUGAGGGUACUGAUGUCCAUCAACAUCCUGGUAUCUGCCUCAACAUUUAGUUCAUCUGUGAAAGGCAAGCAGAGAAGUCUCACACUUCCUGCAGAAGCUAACUCUUCUCUGUCCGUACCUGUGGAUACAAAGGCUGUGCUCCUUUGUCCUCCUGACAACUCCCCAGCUUUGGUGGUAACAUGGACAAUAAGCCCCAGAGACCAGCCUCCCUGCACUAGAGCCUACAGGAGAGACAACAAUGAGACCAGUGAAAGAAACUGUACUGAUGCGAGAAUAUCCUGGGAGUCCAGACCUGAUCAGAAUCCUGCCCUUCAGAUUGACCCCGUGGCCAUCACUCAUGACAGAUAUUACAGGUGUGAAGUGGCUGCACCUGAUGGGCAUUUCAGUCAUACAUAUUGCCUCCGCGUGUUAGUGGCCCCCAAGGUGACCCUGUUUCGAGGCAGCAAUUGAACUAUCGUGUGCAGGGCAGCUGCAGGGAAGCCAUCUGCACAGAUCUUCUGGACCCCGGGGGGAGAUUGUCACACUGAGGAAGAACUGCUGGGCAAUGGUACAGUGACUGUCCAGAGUACAUGCCACUGGGAGGACUGCCAGGUGUCUAAUGUGUCCUGCUCUGUGUCCCAUGUGACUGGCAACAAGAGUCUGUUCUUAGAGCUGAAAACAGGUGACCAAUUAUCACUAAACUUAACUAUUUUAUAUAUCACCUCCUCUAUUUCGGUUGCCUUGGUCAUUGUGGGAUCCAUUGGGCUUUGGAGAAUCGGUUGCUGCAGAAAAUGCUAAUUAAAAAACAAGCUACUUCAGAUGUUGAGGAGGGUGAAAUGCAGUCUUAUGUCAGCUAUACAGAGAAGAAUAAUCCACUCCAUGAUGCUGUGAGUAAGUGAAGAGGUCUCAGGAGUUACAAAGUGAAGUUGAAAGGCUGUGUCUCUACAGUUCUUCAUAAGUUACUGAAAUCUAACAGCAGGACAAAUGAAUAAAGAUACAGCACAGCUACUACUUUGAUUUU